AUGAAGAGACACAGACAGCAAGCCACCGUCGAGAAUCCAUUCGUCAAACCCGGGAACCAAUCCUGGGAACUCUCCCGUCUAGCUUCCCUGAGGAGAUCUGUGUCUCCCCCACCAACCAAUCCUCAUCGCCAACCACCUCGAUCCAUAUCCACUGCGGCGGUGGAAGCCGGGGUACUCGAGAUCCAAGACCAUGUAUCCUUCUUCUCCUCGAAAUUGCUUUCCGCAACCCGACCUGAAGUUGCAGGUCACCCUCGGCUAUCACAUCAAGACUGGAUAGAUCUCUAUCAGCGGAAUCUCCACGAUCGAGGCCAUCAUUUCGUUGUCCAUCAGCAUGAUCAUCCGGUUGCUGGCAUCCACUAUGAUCUCCGUUUACAGUGCAACGCAACCAGCUCCAUCAGCUUUGCCAUCAUGUAUGGUCUCCCUGGUGAUCCCAACAGUAGGAGACUGAAUCGCAAUGCCACUGAGACCAGAGUCCAUAAUCUGUGGAAUCACUUAAUCGAAACUGCCUCCAACGACACCGGGACCAUGCUCAUCUGGGACACCGGUGAAUACACGGUCCUGCCCUACAGCUCGUCAAUCACCAACACCAAUACCCACACAUCCUCGGACUCGGAAUCACACUCUUCCCGACUACCAGAGUCCGAGCCAUCCAAACUGCAUCGUGCAUUUCGGAACCGAAAGAUCAAGCUCCGACUACAUGGCACACGUCUACCGAAGAACUAUACCAUCAGCCUACGACUAACUGGCGAGAAUAACCGAAUCGCCCAGCCUGACCUACCAUCCUACAAACGGCGUCGAAAGAAUCAAUCUUCCCCAACGCAAUCUCGCCCUCGUCGAGUCGAAACGUCCGGUUCAAGCAGAACGCCAUCACCAGAUAUCUCUUCCCCCAGCCCUAUAGGACAAGAGCAGUGUAGCAAAAGCCCACACCGACUCUCCGGCAAUGUCUCCUCACUCCGACGCGCGACAUCCCCUCCAAUAUCUACGGGGGUAAACCCAAAGCUUGACCAGCCAGACACGACGCCCAACCCAUCUCCAGCUCUUGACCGAACAAGUCUCGAAAAGCCCGAUUCCAAUUCUGCGUCAGCUUCUGACGCCCAGGUCCGCCACAGCAACGCCUACCCCGGCGCAACAAACAGCAUCAACAGCAUCCACCAGCGCAGAUGGUAUAUCUCGCUCGACCGCGCCGCGAGUGGGUUUCAGCCAACUGACGAGAUCUCCUUCGGUCGGCGCGUGUGGAGUCGGACUCGCAAGCAAGCCAACUCCUUGACUUCAACCAAUACCAAAGCUCCUAUCCAGAAAUCCGCUACGGUAGCGGAUCAGCUUCAGCCUAACACUGACACUGACACUGAAACCGAGGAUGACAGUGACAGUGACGGUGAAGAUGACGAUGGAGAAGGAGGCUUCGUACCCUUCCAAGUUCUGGGCCGAGACGUGGAAACCAGCGUGAUAACAGGGCGCAAGGCAGCGGAUGUGGCGCACGACGAAGGACUAGUGGGAUAUCGGCCGCGAGGAGGCUGGAAACCUGUCGUGGAAUAG